GUUGCACGCUAGUGAAACGACUUCAAACAAUCUUGUCAACAGUAGCCGAGGGUAUUUGAAAACUGGCUGUAGCAAGUGCAGCACAUCUAUUUUCUCUGUGUGGUGGUGAGGACUUCAGACUUCAGUCAUGGAGGAGUCUCCGUUUCAACACACAACAAAGGCAGCAUCAAAACCAGAACCUAUGGAGGUGAAGGAAGAACCUCAAGAUGCCAAAACCCCGAAAACCAGCAAAAAGUCAAUGGCCAUUACCGUCGAACAGAUUCAGGAAGAUAAGAUAACAGAGUUGGCUGUUGAGAACUGGGGUCCAGAGGCUAAGCGGAAAGGUGUCCCUUUCAGGCCAGAGAUUGUUGAGCAAAUCUAUGCCAAAGAAAUGAUUGCAUCAAACUUCUCAACCAAAAGAAUUAUGAUGCUGGAAUUCAGCCGGUACUUAGAGAAUUAUCUUUGGCCACACUACAGUAAGAACAAGACAUCCAAGUCGCACAUCAUGUCCAUCGCUGCUGUCAUCAACGAGAAGUUCAGAGAGCGAGUGCCGUCAUGGGAGGCAUUCAAGUCAGCUCCAGAAGACUUCUCGCAGUUGUUCCGGCAAGUUCUGGAGCUGUGUCUCAGUCCUUCUGCGCUGGUGUACAAAGAAACGACCGUCAUCCUCAUCUUCCUCAUCCACUGUUUCAACAGUCUGGAGGUGGACUUGAUUCGAGACAGAGUUCAGAGGCUGGUGUCGCUGCCAAUAUGGAUAAAUCUCCUUCCCGGUCGGAGAGAAGCGCUGUUCAAGAAUAACCCGAAGUACAAGAAGUUUUUCAACGCGUUCAAGAAGCGCGACGCCAAGCUGUCUCCAGAGGAGCUCAACACGGUGCAGUUUGAGAGGAACUUCCUGGCUCGGCUCAUCGAGAAGUUUUAUUCUAUCCUGGACUCAAUUCCGCUCAAAGGUCACGCCGACUACAACAAAGUCCACUACUGCGAGCGCUUCCUGGAGCUCCUCAUUGACACGGAGGCCCAGCUGCCGACGCGUCGCUUCGUCAACACGCUCCUGGACGACAGGCACGUGGUGGUGCGCUGCAAGCUGUCGCAACUCAUCCUGCGCAAAGAAGGGAAACUUUUCUCUCAGCUGCUCUCCAUGCUGGAGUCGUACGCUCACUUUGAGAUCGACGACAUCACGGGGGAGGCGCUCAACAUGCACGACAGAAUCGACAUCCAUUACAAUCGUGUCAACGCUCUGCAGACUGUGGUCUUCAAGCACUACCCGGACCUACAGAGCUUCGCCAUCAAGAACGUUGCCAGUGUGGACUCGAAGCAGUCGCUAAUCAAGUACUUUGAGCCACUCAGCUCUGAGGACCUGCACACAAUCCUGGCCCACCUCAACUACCUCCCUCCACUAGAGAGCGACGUGUCUCCCUACUCUAAGUCUUUUCUCAUGGAACUGCUGAUUUGGAAACACGAGCGAAUGCGAUCCCAGCAGGAAGCCAUCAACGAAAUGCCUCUCUACCCGACAGAGAACAUCAUAUGGGACGAGAAUGUCGUGCCCUCGGAAUUUUUCUCCGGAGAAGGCUGCCUGGCGUUGCCCAAGCUGAACCUGCAGUUCCUGACUCUCCACGACUAUCUGCUGAGGAACUUUAACCUGUUCAGGCUGGAGUCUACUUAUGAAAUCCGCCAAGAUAUCGAAGACGCCCUCACUCACUUGAAGCCUUGGAAAGCUGAAGAUGGCCACUGCCUGUUCGGAGGCUGGGCACGUAUGGCUCAACCCAUCCACGCCUUCAAUGUCGUUGAGGUGGCCAAACCUCAGCUGGGAGAGAACCACCCGGCCCAGGUGCGAGCAGACGUGACCGUGAACCUCAGUGUCCGGCAGGAGGUCAAGCAUGAGUGGGAGGGACUCCGGAAACAUGAUGUGGCGUUCCUGAUCACCCUGAGACCUGACGUUCCCAUUGGGUACCGGUACAACCACACGAAACCCUUCAUCCCACAGGUUGGUCUUACAUAUGUCAGAGGUUGUGAAAUCGAGGGACUGCUGGAUGAAACGGGGAAACUGAUCGAAGAAGGCCCCGAGCCCAAGCCAGAGUUUUUCUCCGACAACCGCACUUACCGCGUGUGGCUGGAUCCGAACCAGUACCAAAUGGACAUGACACGAACUGUCAAUGGAGAAGAGGAUGUGUACGAGACGUUCAACGUGAUGAUGCGUCGCAAGCCCAAGGAGAACAACUUCAAGGCCGUACUGGAGACGAUCCGCGACCUCAUGAACACGGAGUGCGUCGUUCCCGACUGGCUGCAUGACCUCAUCCUGGGUUACGGCGACCCGGACUCGGCUCAUUACUCGAAGAUGCCCAACACCAAGGCGACCCUGGACUGGAACGACACGUUCCUCAGUCUGGAACACCUCAAGUCCAGCUACCACCAGCACAAGAUGGAGGUGGAGGGGGAGCCCGAGAAGCAAGUCCCUCCCUACAGAUUGACGUUCCAAGAGAACAGCCAAGAAGGAAAGCGAGGGCUGGAGUCGGACGAGAACAAAGAGGGAAGCAAGGUGGUCAAAGCCGUGCCUCACAUCAUUCCCAACAGGGGGCCUUACCCGUAUAACAUGCCCAAGAAGAACAGCAUCCAGUUCACCCCGACCCAGAUAGAGGCGAUCCGCGCGGGCAUGCAGCCCGGGCUGACCAUGGUGGUGGGGCCGCCCGGCACAGGCAAGACGGACGUGGCUGUCCAGAUCAUCUCCAACAUUUACCACAACUUCCCCAGCCAGAGGAUGCUGGUGGUCACUCACUCCAACCAGGCUCUGAACCAGCUGUUUGAGAAGAUCAUGGCUCUGGACGUGGACGAGCGGCAUCUGCUGCGUCUGGGCCAUGGAGAGGAGGCGCUGGAGACGGAGAAAGAUUUCAGCAGGUACGGUCGCGUGAACUACGUCCUGGCUCAGCGUCUGGAGCUCCUACAGGAAGUGAACAGACUCCAGGUCAGCCUGGACGAGAUGGGGGACAUGUCCUACACCUGCGAGACCGCCGGAUACUUCUACAUCUACCAGGUUUUGAGUCGAUGGGAAGAGUUUCAGAUCAAGAUCAAACCUUUCAUGGGACAGGAUGAACAUAUGAAGAAAAUUCAAGAGCUGUUCCCAUUCGUCAAGUUCUUCGCCAAUGCCCCACAACCGUUGUUCCGGGGAAAGACGUUUGCGGAGAACAUGAACAUUGCAGAGGGCUGCUUCAGGCACAUCAAGAAAAUUUUCACUCAGCUUGAGGAGUUCCGGGCCUUUGAGCUGCUGAGGAGUGGCUCCGACCGAGCUAACUACCUGCUGAUGAAAGAGGCCAAGAUUAUCGCGAUGACUUGCACCCACGCUGCCCUCAAGCGCCGAGAUCUGGUCACCGUCGGCUUUCAGUUUGACAACAUCAUCAUGGAGGAAUCGGCGCAGAUCCUGGAGAUUGAGACGUUCAUCCCGCUGUUGCUGCAGAACCCCAAGGACGGCAACAAUCGGCUGAAGCGUUGGAUCAUGAUCGGCGACCACCACCAGCUCCCGCCGGUCAUCAAAAACAUGGCCUUCCAGAAGUUUUCCAACAUGGAGCAGUCGCUCUUCACUCGCCUCGUCCGACUGGGCGUACCCACCGUUGACCUUGAUGCUCAAGGUCGAGCUAGGGCAAGCCUGGCAAACCUGUACAACUGGAGGUACAAAAAGCUGGGCUCUCUGCCGCACGUCUUGAUCCGGCCAGAGUUCCGCAUGGCCAACGCCGGCUUCCAGUUUGAGUACCAGCUGAUCGACGUCGGAGAUUUCAACGGCAUGGGGGAGUCGGAGCCCAACCCUUACUUCUAUCAGAAUCUGGCGGAGGCUGAGUACGUGGUGGCGGUGUUCAUGUACAUGCGUAUGAUUGGCUACCCCGGGGAGCAGAUCUCCAUCCUGACCACGUACAACGGGCAGAAACAUCUGAUCAGAGACGUGAUCCAACAGCGCUGCGGCGGCAACCCUCUGAUUGGACGACCUCACAAGGUGACCACUGUGGAUCGGUACCAAGGUCAGCAGAACAACUUCAUCCUUCUGUCUCUGGUCAGGACAAGGGCUGUGGGUCAUCUCAGAGACGUGAGGCGUCUGAUCGUGGCAAUGUCCAGAGCGAGGCUAGGGCUGUACGUGUUUGCCCGAUCAUCUCUCUUCAGCAACUGCUUCGAGCUCACCCCAGCAUUCAACAAGCUGACCUCACGACCCCAAGUGUUACAUCUGUUGCCCAAUGAAACAUACCCAACUCAGAGAAAGCUCCAAGAGGCCCCGGACGAGUCGCCCAUCGUCAUCACAGACAUGCCUCAGAUGGCCCAGUUUGUCUACGACUUCUACAACGCUCGGGUCGACGACCUCAAGAGGCACAGAGGUUUUCUCAAGGCCAACCGUCUCCAAGCCCCGCCCAAGAAGCAAGUUCGGUCAUCUGAUGACAGUUGAACGACGGUGUCGUGAUCUGAGGGCUGACGUUGAUGCAAAUGGCAAAGAAAAGUCUGAGAGAAUCUUUCCAACACAGAUGGCAGCACAGGUUUUAUGUUAUUGGGUGGAGAAUGCUGUAUGUGUCAUAUACAGUAGUAUGUGCAACUACUGGGGGACUACUGUUGAGCAUUGUUCUUUCAUGAGUUGAUGUUAUCGCAGCUUAUGUGACUGUUUUCUGGCUAAAUUUUAUCAACUCAUUUUUGGAAUGUUGAAUGUUACUUUCAUCUUUCCUCUUAUGCUGAGUAUACCAGUGAGUGGUUGGAGUUUUGAAGCAUAACAAUGUGUAACUGCCUAGAUGUAGUUGCUCAUGGGUGGAUAUUUUAAGUGCAGGAUCUUUCUGGUAAAUAUUUUCAGUUUGACUCGUAGUUAAGUAGCUAUUAUGAGGUGAUUGUGUAAAAGCAAAUCAGAACAGGUUCACUCUGGUGGUUCUUCUGUCAUGCAGAUAUGUCACUCCAGGUAUUACUUGUAAAAACAUGAUGAAGUACUGACAGUUGCUGCCUAUUGGGGCUCAGUCUUAUCUGCACAAUUCUUGCUCAUGAAGAGAUAGUAGACGUAUUAUUUGACUUAUGUCAGUCCCGCUCGCUAAACAAACUGUUGUCUCUGUCCAAUGUGUAGCGAGUAGCGAACUACUCUUCACAAACGGACAGUUCGUUACCCGUCCGCUCGUUUGCGGGUAGUGCCAGCGAGUAGUUCGUUACUCACGAACACUAAUUUGGCGAGCCCGACCCAACCCUAAUGUCGUUAUUUUUGCAAGAUUUUGCUUUGAACAGCAAGAGAAUGGUUGAGAGGUUGUUGAUGUAAUACAAUAUGUGUCUGAAAGGGGAAAAAAA